AAACCAUUCAAACCCUACUGUUCUGAUCCUAUUUCAUGAGAAAGUGGAACUAUUUUAAACAAUUUUGUAAUUUCAUAUGCAAUUUGAUUUGUAUGAAAUGUAAGAAUUUUUUUUUUUUUUAAAGCAUGAAGGCCCGAAAUCUAACCCUCUGUGGGGUCUAAAACAACUCAAAUGAAAAUGUACGAAUGCAAACUCACCACAAUGUAAAAUAGUAACGAAUUGCCGUGAGAGUUUUCCUGUUCACAGUAUAAGAAAAUAGUCAACAUAUCAACACUGUAUUCAGAAAACAAAAUGGUCUUAGGUAAUGCUCAUUCACAUCUACUGAGUGAAUAGCAGAAUGCUAUCAUCUAAGGAACAAUGUAUAAUUUCUAAUUCAGGCUUACCGACCAAAGAACCACAGUGCUUUUUUUAAAGACAUCAUGUACUUCCUGUGUGUCAACUGCAGCGUUCUUGUACACAGUGUGGUUUGAAGAGAAGAUAAUAUGUGAUCUAGAUGUUUAUUUAAUGGUAAUCUUAAUGAUAAAUACGCUAUUUAUUAGAACAAUUAACAUUUUUAUUUAAAAUCUAUGCAGGUGAGGCUUGGCGAGGUGCAUUGCCUGUAGUAGCAGAGGGCAUGACUAAAUGUGUUAUUAUUUUUUUUUUAUAAGUCGUUAUUGUUUUUAUUUAUAAUUGUGCUAAAUGAACGCAUUAAAUUGGCAGCCAUACUACCAUUCCAAAACAGUUUCAUGUGCAUGCAAAAGAUUGGACAAAAAUGGCAGAUUAUAGAGAGAUUGGGUAAAUUACAGCGUACAGGAAGAUUUUGUUGCUUCAUAAGCUUUAUAGCCUAAAUAAAUUAAGUACUGCAGAUCUGCUAAUAUUGUUUGCUCCUGUACGAUACAUACCUUUUCCUCAUUUGUAAGUCAGGUUUGAAUAAAAGCGCCUGCUGAAUGAAUGAAUAAAUAGAAAAAGUGUGAAUACAGUCUAACUUUGUUGAAACAUUGCUUGCCAAACUGGGUGACCUUGCAUGAGGAACUGUGCUGUGAGUACUCUCGCUUUAGCUGCCAUUUCAGGAACUUGAGUGUCUGACUCACUGGCAGUGAAAUUCUGGUGGGAAACCAGUGAUUUACAGCAGGCUCAAAUGGUCAGGUAUUCACGAAGUGCCAGUCCAAGGCCUUCAAGAACAAACUCUAUGGAGAAAAUGACAUUCCAUUAAUGUGUGUGGAUCACAUCUAUGGUGUUUAUGAUGAAAAAAGGAAACUGAUAACUGGAAGCUUCGUGAAGAACAAAUACCCAUCCAAAAUGAUCAUUCACUGUAAAGAUCUACGUGUCUUUCAGUUCUGUCUUACAUUCACCAAGGAGGAAGAUACCAAAAGGAUCUUUCAGGGCAUUGCUCACCAUUGUUUGGAGGAGAAAUCUCUAAAGUGCGUCUUUGCUUUUUCCUAUGCUGGGACACCAAGCCCAGAAAUGCAGAGAAAACAGGAGACAAUUAUGUUUGACUCACCAGAGGACUGGACACAGGAAAUGAAACGGACCAAAGCGAAAUGUAGAUUGGUCACAGAAAAUGAGAACUUUGAACUCUCUCAAAGGUUACCGAAGUACUUCGUCAUCCCAACAGCACUAGAGGAUUUAUUCAGCUAUCAAGGGAAGGGAUUACCAAUCUGGUGUUGGUCUCAUCACAGUGGUUGUGCUCUCUUCAAAGCGUCUUUCCCGCUUAUGACACAGGAAGACGGGGAUUUCCAAAAACACUUGGACACAAUGAUAAAUGCAGUCGCACAUAAUUACCUUUACUCCGUAAAAACAGAGGACCUCUCAGUAUCCCUUCCUACAAUCCUUGACAUCCAGCAGUCAUAUAACAAGUUCAAACAAUUCUUUCUUAUCGAUAAUUCAACCGAUUUUUGGAUGUCAGAUAUGAAAUGGUUCUCUUCCCUUGAAAGCUCAGGAUGGCUAGACAUUAUUAGACAAUGUCUCCAAAAAGCAGUAGAGGUGGUUGAAUGUAUUGAUAAAGACAACACAAAUGUCCUUAUAACAGAGGAAGAGGGAACAGAUCUGUGCUGUGUGAUCUCCAGUCUGGCUCAGAUAAUGCUGGACCCUUAUUACAGAACACUUAUGGGUUUCCAGAGUCUGGUGCAGAAGGAGUGGGUGGCUGGUUGCCAUGCCUUCCUGGAUCGAUGUAAUCACCUCCAUCAGAAAGACAAGGAGUGCCAUUCUCCGGUCUUCCUCCUGUUCCUGGAGUGCGUGUGGCAGCUCGUUCAGCAACAUAGCCCGGCUUUCCAGUUCUCCGAGACUUACCUGACUGUGCUGUCCGACAGUGUUCACGUGCCAAUCUUCAGCACCUUUCUGUUCAACUCUGCCCAUCACAGAGAAAGUGUUAUGAAGGCCGAGUCACCACUUGCACAAAGCGGGCCAUUGAGCUGCCCUACAGUGUGGGACUGGUCUGUGCAGUUUGACAGCAAGGCCCAGAAUUUCUUCUUUAACCCACUGUAUUCAGAGAAGGUGAAACAUGAGAAGACUGCACGCAAAACUCACAAGCCCAAGCUAAUUUCAAGAUCAAAAACCACAAUAGGAGAGAGAGCGCCAUCAGCAAUGCACCAAAGACAGUUAUCCUUACCCAGCACAGCCUUCAAAACCCCACCCAAGAAAGGUUUCUUUAAGGAUGAGACAGACAGCCUUAAAAAGAUGCUACGAGUGAAGCGUAUCAGUCGCUGGAUGGGCUCUCCUGACUCCCCCGUGGCUGCCACCCGUGAGUUCUACGAGUCCUGGCAACAGCGUCCUCUGGACUAUCACGGCCUCCUGCUCCCCUGUCUGGAUGGACCGGCUGUCCGCGUCUGGAUGCAGCGCUACCUGCGCUGGAUACCUGAGGUGCACAUCCUGGGCGGAGGCUCCAUGGCUGUCAUGACCAAGCUUAUGGAACUUCUAAAUCAGGUGCAGGAUCUGAAGCGUGUGCUGGAACAGAGAGACGCAUCGCAAGCUGCUAAAUUUGAUCACUGUCCACACCUUCAAAACCGGCUGUUCUCAUUCGGCACCUCAGGACGAUUGUCAUCCUCAUUCCCCUUUGCUUACAGCCGCAACCGAUCUUUCAAGCCCAUCAUUCCUACAGGUCUAAUGCAAAGCUUUAUGGUAACUGACAACCUAGCUAGUCAGGAGGACGAGGCCAAUUAGGUUGUGAGUUUGAUUUAACAGGAAAUCUGUCUUCACCCAUAUGUUAAAUAUUUGUCCGUAUAUUAUUAAAUUAUAAUAUUUUUCGGUAAAUACAGGAUUAUAUUGGCCUCGUCAGAUCCAGAUUAAAAUCCUGAUGAUGGUGCUUAAAGUGCCUUUGGUGCUAAAGCGGGUCCUUUUGGAAAGUAAAAUAGGCUUUUGUCUAUCCAAAUGUGCCCUAUUAUAUUGAAAACACAAUAUGAGCCCUCAAACAGGAUGUAAGCUUUUAUUUUAGGUUUUUUUUUUUUUUUUCAUUUUCCUCUUACUCAUCACAAAACAGGAAAAGGAUACAGCCGUGAACUUCCAGCCUUUCCACAGUGUGCAGUGUUACAUAAAAUCUUUACCAAGUAACAAUCCAUGCAGUAUUCCAUUCCAAUGAUCUAUGGGUGAAUGAAUAAAAGCAAUUAUAUGAGUAAAAAAUACAUGUGACUUCCACACCUCUCUGACCCCUCACAUAUUAUAACUUCUGAUACAUCCGUGCACUCAGCGGUCGGUCUGUACAUCCCGCUGUAGUGCUUAAAAGUUGGCAGUGUUCACUCCAGUAUGUUUUCAGCUAUUUAUAGCAGUGAGAUUUGUCUAAAAAAGGUUAGGUAAUGAAAAUAGUGUAGAGCCGUCUACAUGUAUAUUAUGGUUACUGCUGCAUUUAAAAUCUAUUGAAGAUUAGACUAUACUUACUGUGGUCCAAUGUGAUUUCUUUCUUCUUUUUUUCAGAAGCCAUGUCAACCUUUGGGGUAUAUAUAUGUUUAAUGUGUAAAUGGGGGCUUAUGUUUUGUUUUGUAAGAAAAUGUAAGAAAACAGGAAGUUGAGAACAAUACAUGAGAUCAGCUGUCUAUCACUGUGUGACUCUUAUCCGUCCAAUGACCGGCUGACUGUAAUUUUAUUGAACUUUUAAUUCUGUAAUUGGUAGUACAUUAUGAGACAUUAUUUUUUUUAAAGAACACAAAGCAGAAUAUUAAUAUCAUCACAAUUAAUUUGUAACUCUAAGAACAGAAUAAUGGUGGAAACCAUUGUUUUUAUGAUGACAAAUGCAUCAAUCAAACAUAGACAUCACCACAGGAUGUGAAAGUUUCAAUCAGCACUUACACAGCGAGAUUCAGCUUUAAGAGUAAAUUCUCAUAGUAGACUGCAAGCCUUUGCAAAUAUAACUAUUAAGACAUAAGCUAAUUUCAUACUGUAUCUGCAUUUGUGCACAUUUUUCUUAUUUUCCUUUCACUGGUGUCUGCGGAACUACUGCCACAAAUCAACAGGCACUUCAGUCAAAAAUUGUGUUGUUCGAUGUCUGUUGCCCUUCCCCUCCACCCCAUAAUAAUUCUAUUGUAAUGAAACUGAUGUAAGCAUUGCACUGAGUCGUUAUUUGUUAGCAAAGGUGUGGAGAAAGCAGUUUCCUGACCAUUUUGUUUUUGUUAACAACCCUUUCAUCCUUGUUUUGCACUACUGCUCCUUGCCAGUCAGUCACUGUUACUUGAACAGUCAGUCCGCUGUCAGUCUGAUCCUGUUCACUUCAGUUCAGCACUGCUCUUGUGUUUGACAAGUGAAGGUGAGCUGGAUAAGAAACUUAUUACUGUAUAAUUGUUUUGUAUUUUUCUGUAAUCAACUUUAGAGUUCACAUUAUCAGAGUUUGGCUGUGAAAUAUAUGAAAUAUGUCAGAUUGCUUUAUUUUGGACAGUUUACUUAAAAAGUAUAAUUUUCAUGUAAAAGUAGCAUUAUAUACUUUUAUAUGUGCACAUGGGAAAUAUGUAACUUGCUCUUUUUGUCCACAAAAUAUGAUUUAAAUAAAAGACUUGAUCAAUGCUUUGUGAUCAUGAUCAGUGAUUCUUGUGACAAAUAACUUUUAAUGCAAAUUUUUUUUCAAUAAAUUUUUCAACAAUCAA